CACAGGCUGCUGCCUAUCAGCACAGACAAGAAAGAAAACUUAGACAGUGAGAGAGAAGCAGGGACCAGAGAGGAAGUGCCAGCAUGGCUUCUGCUUUCAGACUUCAGUGCCACUGCAUCCUGAUCUUCUUGGCAGCCCUCAAGGGGGAAACCAGAUACCUAGAGGCGAGGGGUGCUGGUGAGGACGAGCCCUUUCUGCUCCUCAGCGCAGACCUGAAGCGGGAAUUGUCAGGCAGGCAGCUCUACCAUCGGGCGCUCAGAUGCAUCGACAUGCUGAGCGUGGAGGGGCAGUUCACCUUCACCGCCGAGCAGCCCCAGCUGCACUGUGCCGCUUUUUUCAUAGGAGACCCUGAGGAGCUCAUCACAAUAGACUACGACUUCGUCCAUAUUGACUGCCAAGGGGGAGAUUUCCUGAAGGUGUUUGAUGGCUGGAUACUCAAAGGUGAGAAAUUUCCUAGUUCUUUGGACCAUCCUCUCCCUACUUCAGAAAGAUAUAUAGAUUUUUGUGACAGCGGCAACAUCCGAAGGAGCAUCAGGUCAUCCCAGAAUGUGGCAAUGAUCUUCUUCAGGAUUCAUGAACCUGGGAAUGGAUUUACAUUUACAAUAAAGAAAAAUGCCAACCUCUUCCCUUGCAAUGUCAUCUCUCAGACCCCUACUGGAAGGUUUACCAUGGUAAUUCCUCAUCAGCACAGAAACUGCAGUUUUUCCAUAAUCUAUCCAGUGGUGAUAAAAAUAUCUGACCUUAUACUGGGACAUUUAAAUAGCCUCCAUUUAAAGAAACCAUCAACAGGCUGUGCAGGAGUGGGAGAUUUUGUGGAGCUGUUGGGUGGAACUGGAUUAGACCCCUCCAAGAUGUUCCCUCUAGCUGAUCUGUGCCAAUCUUUUCAUGGUUCUGCUCAAAUGAAGAUUGGCUGUGACAAUACUGUACUACGAAUGGUGUCCAGUGGCAAGCAUAUUAAUCGUGUGUCAUUUGAGUAUCACCAGCUUGACCAAUAUGAAUUGGAAAACAGAAAGGAGAAUAGCAUUGAGGAGUUCUGCUUCCCUAGUAUUUGAGAAACCAUUCAAAGCAUUUUCACGCUGCUAGCAAAAAUAUGGUCUUGGUUGAUAAAAAAUGUACUUUUAAUUUUAACUAACUAGUAUUAUCAAACUUUCUAUGGCAUAAGCAUCCUUAUCUUUUUCAUAUUAAACAGCUGUUCCCAUGACCAAUCAGGAAAAAUGACCUAAUGUGUUAAUCUUUCUAUUUAUCAUAAUACUGUUUUUUGUGUGCAAUAUUUAGGUUCCUUUAUUGUAUCCAAAAUUAAUAAAGAGAACAGAUGACUAUGUUCCCAAUAUAAUUAUUAAUUCAAAAGGACAUAGGCGAAAAUCCUCUGUGUAGCUAGUUUGAGCACGCAUAAAAACUACAAAUUAAUAUCAAAUUCAAUUAGCAACUUUAUCUUUUUAUAUCAGAUGCACGCACAAAAAGAAAAAACUAUGGUGGAAUGCACAUCAGUUUUAUAAUAGAAAAUUCAUUAUUAGUAUGUGCAAAGAUUGCUUAUUUAUUACUAUAAAUGUACUAUUAUUUAUUUCUAAUUACUUGUUUUUAAUAAAAACAUUUGUAGCAUGGAAACUUUUCCUUACACAAGUCCAAACAUGAAUAAAUACAUUCAAAGUGUUGGCAAAAUUUUAUGUUGCAUUUGUUCGAGAAGCUGUUUAACUCUCUGGUUAACUUUGUAAAUCUUGUGCAGUUUUGUUGGAAAUGAUAAUCUUGGACAUCUGUCACGGUAAAACUGGACCAUUAAAGUAACAUUAUGGCCACAAAUUCGGUUUGCACUGUUGCAUACCCAUAUGAAGACUUACAAUAAGCACUGAUUUAAUAGUUAAUUAAAAACCUUAAACAGUAAAGAUAAUUAAGUGGGCACUAUUAGGAAAGUGUGGGUAUAAGUACCUAUAAAUACAGGUAUUUUUGUCCCUGGACCUUUACCUACCCAUAAGAGGGGAAUGUUGUGUUAGCACUCCAAGUACAGCUUCCAGAAGGGUAACAGUAUAUUGAAAUAUCAGCAUUACACAAAUGAUCCUACCUUAGAAAAAUAAGGCUCCAUCUCAAGUGUAUCUCAGGAGCACUUCUCGAUUGAUUCUUCACAUCUUUGAAAUUAUUGCUGCUAAAUUUAGGCCUUGGUGACAUGGCUGAGAUUUUUAAUACUGGGUCCCUAAAAUUAGGCUCCUAUAUCCAUAUUCAGGCACCUAAACAAAUGUCCUGAUUUUCAGAACUACCAACCACUCAUCUGCUCCCACUGAAAUCAGUGGCAGUUGCUAGGGCCUCAGCAUCUCUGAAAACUGACACUUCUGUAGGAGCCUAACUUUGGGGACCCUGUUCUGAACCUAUAAAAUCUGUUGUGGGUUGGGUGAAUCAUCAUUGAAACAGGUGGGUGUAACCACUACCCCUCACUUAAGAUAGCGAUAAGAAACAGUUAGGCUCCUUUAUGAAAUAACAGGAGUUUUCGUCCUAAACACAGGUACACGCAGUGCCUUAACCAAAAACACAUGUGAGUCUGCACAGGAAUUAGAAUGAUGUGGGUAGAGGGUUUAUAGCUGGGUUUUGUUUUGUGGGACCGUGCAUUUCUGUGUGAGAGAAGACAGAAGCAAGCAGAAAGCCAAGCUGACGGUAACAGAAAUGCUGGUAAUGUGGCUCUGAGAGAAAACUUUUGGGGCACAGAAUGCUGGCUGGGAAGGCAGGCUUGGAAUAGGAAGCAAAGAAACUUUCUCCUACUAUUUGUUCCUACAGUAUUCAGGGAGACAGGAUUUUGUGUAUAGUCUUUGUA